AUGCGCAACUGCUCAAAGACUGCACCGCCACCCACGACUCCAUCGACGGCACCUCAGCAGCAGCAGCAGCAGGAGCAUGAGCAGCAGCUAGAGCAGUUGCCGUUUCCGCAGGAUCAGCGAGAUCAACCGGAACCAGUACAGGAUCGAGAGCCGGACCUGCAGUUGGAGGAGCAGCAACAGCAACAGCCGCAUCCGGAAGGCGAACAGCAGCCCCAACCAGAGGACGAACCGGAAGCUGAGCCACCGCCACCGCUGCUUCUGGAGGAGGAAGCGGAAGAUCCGGACUCGGAGUCGCAGGAGCAUCGGGAGGUUAUAGACGCCAACGCCAUUGCCGAUACCAUAGACGCCAACGCCGUGGAGCGCAUCGACGACUACGAGGACGAAGAAGGCGAGGCGGAGGAGGAAGGAGGCGUCCGCGCAGGCGAAGGCGACGGAGAGGAGCAACCCCUCGCACCUGGCGUCCACCGGCUGCAUUCUGUGGCCGUUCUGCCCCGCUACUCCACUACACCACUGCCCCAACAGCUGCGUGCUUCGCGCCACCACAACAACAACAACAAUAACAAUAUAAACAACAACAACAGCAGCGGCAGCAGCAGCAGCAGCCGACGCACUCGCCACUUCUACAGCAACAACGGCAGUCACUUCAGCAACGACAUGUUCCCGAGCCACUCGUCCCGCAGCAACGCCCAGGGCUCGCCCCGGGUCGGCAGUCGCCGCCAGCACUCGGCCCCGGCCGCCGCCUCCAAUUCCCCGCAGCACCCGGGCGUGGAUCCCCUGAGGGUGCUCUAUCCCAAUGUCAACGAGAAUGAGACGCCGCUGCCGCGCUGCUGGAGUCCCCACGACAAGUGUCUGUCGAUUGGAUUGUCCCAAAACAAUCUUCGAGUGACCUACAAGGGCGUUGGAAAGCAACACAGUGAUGCCGCCUCGGUGCGCACCGCCUACCCGAUACCGUCCUCCUGUGGACUCUACUACUUCGAAGUACGGAUCAUCUCCAGGGGUCGGAAUGGCUACAUGGGCAUCGGACUGACUGCCCAGCAGUUCCGGAUGAACCGCCUCCCAGGUUGGGACAAGCAAUCAUACGGCUAUCAUGGCGACGACGGCAACUCGUUCAGCUCGUCCGGCAACGGACAGACCUAUGGGCCCACCUUCACCACCGGCGAUGUCAUCGGAUGUUGCGUCAACUUUGUGAACAACACUUGCUUCUAUACCAAGAACGGCGUGGAUCUAGGCAUAGCAUUUAGGGACUUGCCGACCAAACUAUAUCCAACUGUGGGCUUGCAGACUCCCGGCGAGGAGGUGGACGCCAACUUCGGCCAGGAGCCGUUCAAGUUCGAUAAGAUAGUGGACAUGAUGAAGGAGAUGCGCUCCAAUGUGCUCCGCAAAAUCGACAGAUACCCUCAUCUGCUGGAGACACCAGAGAACUUGAUGAAUCGCCUGGUCUCCACGUAUUUGGUGCAUAAUGGCUACAGCAAGACUGCCGAGGCCUUCAACGGCUAUACAAACCAGUCCUUCGACGAAGAUCUAAAGUCCAUAAAGACACGCCAAAAGAUCAUUAAGCUAAUACUGACGGGCAAAAUGAGCCAGGCCAUCGAACACACCCUACACUCAUACCCCGGAUUGCUAGAGAAUAACAAGAACCUUUGGUUCGCCCUGAAGUGUCGUCAGUUCAUCGAGAUGGUCAACGGAGCUGAUAUUGAGCAAGCCAACAAUAAAGUCACCGCCACCACCCAGACCAUGCCCACAAACCAAACGUCCGUGAUACAGUCGACCAAGGCGUUUAAGCACAGCAAGGGCAAUGGCAACGCCAAUAGCAACCAGCCACAACAACAGAACAACACUGCGACUCCAGCUGUGAUAAAGCCACAAGGCGGCGAUAAGCCCGAUUUGAAAAACAUGAUAGUGGAUGACAAUUCCAACAAGUGCGUCGAGCACGACAGCAACAGCAUGGACGUGGAGAUGGAGCCCUGCCAAAGUCACUCCAACGGCGGAGGCGAUUCCUGCUCCAAUGGCAAUGCCAGCGCAGUGCGCAACUCUCUAGAUGCCAUCGACGAGGAAAUGGACGUAGAUGUGUCCCCCUCGUCUCGCAACUGUGGCCGUGUCAUUGAAAAGAUCCUAGAGUUUGGAAAGGAGCUCUCCAGCAUGGGCCAACAGCUGGAGAAGGAGAACCUCAUGACUGAAGAGGAGCGUCAAAUGUUGGAGGAUGCAUUUAGCUUGAUUGCCUACUCAAACCCGUGGUCCAGUCCGCUUGGGUGGCUGCUGUGUCCUUCGCGACGUGAGAACGUUUCCUCCACGCUCAACUCGGCCAUAUUAGAGUCACUGAGCUUCGAGCGGCGCCCGCCGCUGGAGUAUCUCGUGGCACACGCCUCCGAGCUAAUCAAAAUCAUUGGACAGCACUCGCUGGGCGAGGACGCUUUCAUCACCAUCGACGAUGUGUUCCCGCAAAAUUGA